AUGUUUGCAGGCUUUCCUUGCCAAGAUGUGAGCAAGCUGAAUCCUUCUGCACCUCAAAAUCGGACUGUCAUCCGCGACGCCAGCAAGCGGACUGGCACUGUGUUCAACGAUGUCCUAGCGUACUUCUCCAAGUUGGAGGCUGGCAAUUGGCCAGAGCUGCCAAAGUACAAAUCCUUGAUUUUGGAGAAUGUUCUUGGUCUGGUCGAGCGGCCUCCUGGAACAAACCCCACGACCGGUGAACCAUGGCCCAGCAACCUGGAGUAUUGCAACCACUUGGCGCGCAGGCAUGGGUUGCUGAUGCUGGCGUUCACCUUAGACCCACGCAGCUUUGGGAUGCCAGUCACGCGAAGCCGUGCAUCUUGGAACAACUUGCGCACUGCAUUAGUAUGGCUAAUUUGCUUCAGCGAGGCACUACUGCGGGAUGCUCACAUGACUGAAGCAGAUGUUCAGCAGCUAGCACAAAGCGUGAUAUUGAAGGUUCGCGAUGCUCAAAUUAGAGAUUUGGAUGAGUUUCUUCUACCUCUCAGCCACCCCUUGGUACAAGCAGAGCUUCAGCGCGCCAAGCAACUCCACGCAAAGAGGUUGGCAGCAGAAGAAUCUCGGAAGACGAGUGGGAAAACCAAAUCAGCCAAAUGGCCUGAAACUCACGCUCGGGUUUGUGACCAACUUGGGCUUGACUGGUGGGACAGUGGGGUGCCGGCAGAGGAUGUCUUGAGGGAUCACCCUGGCUUGCUACGGCUGACAGAUCGGCAGUUUGACUUCUUGCGCAUGGUUGGGGUGAAUUUCCCGGACAAGCGAAAAUUUUGUUUGGAAUUGUCGCAGAACCAAAGAAAUACCAGGGCUGCCCGCAAAGUGGUGUCAGGAAGGGCUGACAUCAUCACUCCGAAAGGUAUGCAGCUUGUGGGACACCAGGCCCGCUGCCUUUUAGGCUACGAAGGGCUCCUUCUUCAGGGAAUUCACUAUGGGCCUGAGCACUUUAAGCUUGAAGAGCAAGACGAUGAUCUCUUGCGUGAUCUUGCUGGCAACGCCUUCAAUUCCUACUGUUGCGCAGCGAUUUGGAUCACAAAGCAAUGUGUGAUGGCUACACUUUGGGAGGCUGCAAAGGUUGCCACCAAUGGGUCAGAAGAUGACCUCUUCGUGUUUCGCGGAUGA